UUCAAAGUUUAGUUCAAUAAUAGGCUUUGGCUUUCCAGUCUUUCACUUAUCGAGUCAGCGUUGGUUCCUGUCGUCUGGGAAGACGCUUUAUCGCUUUUAAAAGAUAAUCAAUAUUCCAAAAAGACGCCAUAGCUUUGUAGUAUAAUAUGACGUCUUUAUCGACCUUCAUGGUUGCUGCUUUGAUCUGUAUAGUUGGUUUAUUGCUUGGACCAGCACAAUUCACAGAUGGUGACUCAGCGGAAUCUUGUUGCUUCAGGAAGAACGUUCCUAACAAAUGCCACUUCCUUUGUGGUUACGGCAGUGCUGGAUUUUUCGAACGAUUUAAAUGCAGAGCCAAAUAUUAUGCGGUUAUCAAGACGUGUGAAGCGAAAGACGCCAUAGACUAUGUCAAAAUGUUUGGCCGAAAGCUGACUGAAUCAGUUGCACGAGGUUUUGAAGCUUUGAAGGAUUCUAUAAAAGCAAAACUAAAAACUGCCAUAGGUUUCCUUGAACUGACGGUGGACGAAUUAUUGGAAAUCCCACAGGACGUACUUGGUUCCUUACAGGAAGGUUUAGAACAUAUGACCACAGGCCAGCUAACAGGAAUUACUGAUCGACUCAAGUACUUUACGAAGCAAAAUCUUCAUAAUAUCCUAACGAAAAUUCCAACAAAAACGUUUAAAGAGUCUCUUGUUCAAUUAAAUCUGGAUGCCGAUUUCGACCACGAUCAACUUCGCGAGUUUGCCCUGGCAGGGCUGCGCACGUUUGGAGAACAUCUUAGCGACUGGACCAAAGAGGCCUUCGAUGAAAUGGAUAAAUUACUUGCAGGAUUGGAAACUUCCGAAAUAAUAGAAAUCGCCGGCGCAGCACUUCGCCAGAGCAAAAACAUUCUCUGUGAUGUUCCUUUUAACGGUGACCAAAAACGCGCGUUUCUCGUUCCGGCGAAGAAAGCAUUUGGUGAAAUUUCCGGCUGGGAUGAUGCGACCGUCCAGAAAAUAUGUUCAGUUCUCGAGAUUAUUCCUCCCACUCAGAUGUUGAAAAUUUCUGCAAAAGUGGUUGGCCGGACUGUAAAAGUUUUCUCUGACAACAAGUACUUUGUUCCGCAAACGAGAGCUCUUGUAUCCAAAAUAAAAGAGGCCUGGGGCAAGGUAGACUCGUGGGAUGACGUGAAACUGGAAGACCUUGGCCAACUGAUAAAAGGACUUGAAAAGAAGGAUAUUUCUAUGUUAAUUGACAACACCGUUAAGGGAGCGUUAAACGCAAUUGGCAAGAUCCAUUGGGAUGAAGGAAAAGCCCGUGAAUGGGUGAAGAGGGUUAAGGCAAUCUUGGGAAAUCCUGAUAAGUGGUCAGUUGCAAAUUUGAAGGGACUCGGUCAUGCCACAGUAGCUUUGUUGCCAUCGGAAUUACAGAAAAUUGGGAAUACAACGUUACACAAAGCUUUGAAAUACCUUAAAGAUGUGGAAGUGCAUGUGGAUCAGGCGCAAAUUAUUGUCCAGAAGAUCAAAGCAAUAAAAAAGCUUGAGGAUAUUAAAAGCGACGACUUGAUCGCAAUGCAAAAAGUCUUAGAUGGUUUUCUGUCUUCUGAUAUCGGUCGAUUAUCUUCACUCGUCGUCACAGCUGCUUUCCCGGAAAUAAUAAUUGUAAAGAAAGUCGCCAAGUACCGCCGCCUGUGCCGUGCUGUUGCAAGAGCUUUCAUUCGGAAGUAUAAGGAAAAUCCUAGCGCAAAUCAAAUCGGGAUCUUGAAGAGUUUCGCAACAGCUUUAACCAGAGUGGAACUAAAUGAAACGGACAUAAAAAAUGUUGUUGGUGAUUUGGAACGGCUUGGUGUAAUCGACUGGGAUGUGACCCAGACGUUGGAGUUAAUGCAGCGGAUCAAAAGAGAAUGGGGAGAAUUUAAUGAUACAGAUAACAAUGACGAGCCGGUAUGGGGUUUCCGGAACUUAAAGAAAUUAGGAAAAAUUGUUGUUGGAUUGGCGAAAGAGGAUUUGCGCGAGUUGUCAGUCAGAGGAAUUGAAGACGUCAUGGAGGUUCUUGGACAAAACACGGGAUGGAGUCGCGGACAGAUCGUCGCUGCCAUGAAGCGGGUGCGCGAAUAUUGGGAUGUUAAUAAUCUUCAUUUCUCAAAUUUAACUGAGACCGACAUAAAUGCACUGGGCGAAUUUGUGACGGGCCUAGCCCUGAAAGAAUUGGAACAGCUGCCAAAGAACGUUCUACACAUCGCUAUUAGAAGUCUUGGCGAGAAAUUCGAUAUUUCAGAAGAUAAAGUGCGUUCUCGGGCAUACCUUGCUAUUCAGCUUAUUAAGAAUGAAACUGGAACAGACAUUCUCAAUGGCGUACAAGUUGCAGAAUUAGGAAACUUACUAAAAGGGGUUAACCUCGCUGUUUUCAAACAAAUAACCAAAGAGGGUUUCCUCGACAAUUUGCAUCAAAUUACUCGCAUAAAGGGCAUGAGUGACGGUCGUCUGUGGCAGAUUGUAGAACUAGCGAAGAAGCAUUAUGAACAAAGCGAUGUGGGCAAGUGGUUAGCCUCUCAAUGGCGUGAUUUGGGUCCUGCAUUAAAGACACUACGCGCGAGUGAACUUCGUCGUAUCAGCAAGGACGCCUUUGAUGAAAUGGUUGAAGAACUUGGUGAUCUCGAUAUUUCGGUUGAGCAGGCACAAGCUUUGAUCCAGGCGGCUAAAGAACAUUGGAAACAAGGUGAUGUGGCCAAAUGGACAGGAGAACAAUUGCGAAAGCUUGGAUCUCUCGUGAAAGGCCUCGAUGCAGCGGAAAUUAAACGCCUAUCUGAAGAUCUAUUCAAGGAAGCGGUGGGCGUCUGGGGCGAACGUCUCGAUUUGACGGACGAAAAUCUCAAAGCCUUGGCGCAAAAAGCAAAAGAGGUCUUUGUUAAAUCGGAUGCAAAGAAGUUCGUCGCAGAGCAGUUGAAAAUGUUAGGACGAAUUGUUUUGGGUUUAACACCUGAAGAUUUGGAAAAGCUUGAAAUUAAUAAUAUAGACGUUGUUGCCGCCCUUGGAAAAUGGAAAGGCUGGAAUAAGGAACAGCUCGCCGAGCUGGGGCCUAAGAUCCAAGAGUUCCUAACAAAACAAAAUUGUGCCGAGUGCUACACGAGCCUGGGUUAUCUGGCUAAAGUCUUGAAACCUACGAAUAUCAGACUUCUAAGCAAGAAAGCUUUUGAGUUUUGUGUUAAACUGUUUGCGGAAAUUGACGACUUGUCGCAGGAACAGCUGGAUGCUUUGGCCGAGAAAGCCAAAUCAGUGUGGGGUUCAUCUAACCUGUGGGAAAAGGCUCAAGUCAGCGAACUCGGAAAUAUAAUUCGUGGUCUGAAAAAUAAGGAUAUCAAUAAGUUACAAACUUCGGUUGUUGACGCCAUUAAACCCAAAGUACUUCAAGAACUUGAUACAAAAAGCCUGCAGGCUUUUAGCCCCGAACAGUUCCGUUCAAUGGACUCAACUCAGGUAAAUAUGAUCAGCGAAGCAGCAAUUGGAUAUUUGAGUGCAGAGCAACGUAAAGCUGUUAAAGAUGUUAAGGAAGAUGACCCCGUUGAUCCAAAUCCCUGGCCCCAAGAAAGCUGCGCCGGCCCCGAAUGCGAAACUUCCUCUGGAUGUCACCAGCUGGCUGCAAACGUCCUUAUUCUUAUGGUUGCUUUGUUGAUAUACCUGACGAAAAACUAGUUCCAGGAAUACGGCAUGCACGCAAAUUUUUUACAUUGAUGUAACACGUACCAAAACAAUUUAACUAUAUAUAAACGCGGUAUUAAUCACAAUUCCCGAGACGUAUAUACACUAAUAAUAUGACGUAACAUGAUUUGAAGCAAGUUUUCCACUAGCGAUAUUUUUCGCGCAAAGCGAUUGCUUUUUUUGUCUUUGGUCAACUUUUUCUGGUUGCAGCUAAGUACUCUAAAAAGCAGAACAAAAGCAAAUUAUAGCAAGUGAAAAACCGGUAUUUGUAUUGGGGUUUAUAUUUGAUAUAUAAUGGGCGCCUUAAGUAACGUUUCUAUCCAUGCAUGGGUAUUUUAUUAUGAAUAUUUAUACCGGGAGA